AUGGCACACACACAACGAGUGGUUAUCAUCGGUGCUGGAAUCGUAGGAACCAAUUUGGCCGAUGAGCUGGUCUCACGAGGAUGGAACAAUAUCACUGUUGUUGAGCAAGGUCCUCUACACAUGCCAGGCGGUUCGACUUCUCAUGCGCCUGGGCUUGUUUUCCAAACUGGUCCCUCGAAGACUAUGACCCAUCUAGCACGCUAUACGAUUCAAAAACUACUUUCAAUCGAGAAGGAUGGCCAGAAUUGCUUCAACCAGGUUGGUGGGUUAGAGGUAGCUACUACUCCGGCUCGACUGGAGGAGCUCAAGCGCCGGCAUGGCUAUGCUACUUCAUGGGGUAUUGAGUCGCGUCUCAUUAGUGCCGACGAAUGUCUAACGCUAUAUCCGCAUCUUAACAGAAAUGUGGUGCUUGGCGGCUUCCAUAUUCCAAGCGAUGGGCUUGCACUCGCUGCACGCGCCACACAGCUACUUAUUGAACGUACCAGCAAAGCGGGCGUUCGUUAUAUUGCCGAAACCCCAGUCACCAAUAUCGAACGAAAGGAUAAUCAUGUUACCGGCGUGACAACUCCCAACGGCUCUGUUCCCGCUGAUAUUGUUAUUUCUUGUGCUGGGUUCUGGGGAGUUGAGUUAGGUGCAAUGGUGGGUAUCUCGAUUCCAUUGCUCCCACUAGCACACCAAUAUGCCAAAACCACGAAGGUACCAGAACUAGUCGAUCGCGAAAUCAACAGACAAAUAAACGGAAAGAAUGCCGUACUCCCAAUUCUACGACACCAAGAUCAAGACCUAUACUAUCGCGAACAUGGUGAACAAUAUGGUAUUGGAUUUUAUGGCCAUCGCCCGAUGCCAGUCGUGGCAGCAUCCUUGGGCCUGACUCCUAAACACGUCGAUGACAGGAAUAUGCCUUCUCGUCUGGAAUUCACGAAGGAAGACUUCGAUCCAGCUUGGAAGGAGUCACAGAAACUUUUACCUGCUCUCCGAAAUACUGAAAUCGAGGAUGGAUUCAACGGUGUCUUCUCCUUCACCCCGGAUGGAGGUCCCAUCGUGGGACAAGCGCCAAAUCUGGACGGCUUCUGGGUUGCGGAGGCUGUUUGGGUGACCCAUUCUGCUGGUGUUGCGCGUGCUGUUGCUGAGGUCCUUACUACUGGCCGAUCUCAGAUCGAUAUUAGUGAAUGUGAGCUAUCCCGAUUCGAAGAAGUGCAGCUCAGUCGUGCCUACAUCAAUGAGACCUCCGCACAGAACUUUGUGGAAAUUUAUGAUAUCCUCCAUCCCUCGCAGCCCAAGGAGUCUCCUCGAAACCUUCGCACCAGUCCUUUCUACUCUCGCCAGAAGGACCUAGGUGCUUUCUUCCUUGAGCUUGCAGGUUGGGAACGACCAUUUUGGUAUGAAGCAAACUCUCAUCUUAUCAAAUCUCUUCCUAAAGAGUGGAAACCCAUUGAAAGAGAUGCCUGGUCAGCACAAUUUCACUCUCCCAUCGUCGCAGUGGAAGCUUGGAAGACUCGCAACGCAGUGGCCAUGUACGAUAUGACUUCUUUCCAUCGAUUCGAAGUGUCUGGCCCUGGUGCCGCUCAUCUUCUUCAACGCUUGAGUACGGCAGAUAUCAAUACCAAACCGGGCACGAUCAGCUAUGCUCUUCUUCUUAAUGAACAUGCGGGGAUCCAGAGCGAUAUCUUUAUCGCCCGACUGGGAGAAGAUCUUUUCCAAGUUGGCGCUAACACCGCAAGUGAUCUCGCUUAUCUUUCUCGCGAAGCUCGUCAUCAGAAACAAUGGGCUCGAGUUCGUGAUAUCACAGGAAGCACUUGCUGCAUUGGCCUCUGGGGUCCCCGCUCCCGAGACGUUAUCUCCACUACCAGUACAGACGACUUCUCUAACGAGGAUUUCCCAUAUUUCACCGUUAAGAAUGUCACGAUCAACGGUAUUCCGGCCAAGGCACUACGCAAAUCCUAUGUUGGUGAGCUGGGCUGGGAAAUCCAAACCUCGGCUGAGUACGGAGCACGACUUUGGGACAGCAUUUGGAACGCGGGUAAGACACAUGGUCUGAUUGCAGCUGGUCGAGGUGCCUUUAAUGCCCUUCGUCUCGAAAAGGGUUAUCGAAUAUACGGUGCUGACAUGACCUCCGAACACAACCCAUACGAGGCCGGCGUCUCUAAUGCCAUCCGUAUGAACAAGACCGAUAAUUACGUUGGCAGGGUUGCUCUUGAGAAACUUUCCAAGUAUCCUACUCGCCGUUUACGCUGUCUUACAGUUAAUGAUGGUCACUCUAUGGUUCUCGGGAAAGAGCCUGUCUUCUGUGGAGGGAAGGCCGUUGGCUAUGUGACCAGUGCUGGAUUUGGAUAUACUGUUGGCAAGCCCGUGGCCUAUGCUUGGCUUCCUAACAACGCCUCUCUUGGGAGUCAGGUCGAGAUUGAAUACUUCGGUCGUCGUAUUCAAGCUACGGUUUCCGCUGAACCGUUGUAUGACCCUGAUUCAAAGGCUCUGCUUGAUAAUAACCCGGUUGAUUCUAUACUCAGUGCACCAUUGAAGUCUCGCUUAUAA